AUGUUGGAGAUGGUUUCAAGACAUGGUCUUGGAUUCAAACCACCUUCAUAUCAUGAAAUCAGAACAAAGUACUUGAAGCAUAAAAUGGAGGAGACAAAGAAAUUCAUUGAAGAACACAAACUUACAGGAUGCACUAUAAUGAGUGAUGGGUGGACAGACAAAAGAAGAAGAACAAUAUUGAAUUUUUUAGUGAACAGUCCUAAAGGUACCGUCUUUUUAAAGUCCAUUGAUGCCUCACACAUUGCAAAAACUGCUGAUGCAAUUUUUAAGAUGAUUGAUGACAUUGUGGAAGAAAUGGGAGAAAAAAAUGUUGUGAAAAUUGUCACUGACAAUGCUGCAAACUACAAAGCAGCAGGUACAAUGUUAAUGAAAAAGCGAAAGAAGCUCUAUUGGACCUCCUGUGCAGCCCACUGCAUUGAUCUCAUGUUAGAGGAUUUUGAAAAAUAUAUAAAAGUUCACAAUGAAACAAUUUCAAAAGAUUUUGAUGAAAUUCCAGCGAUGGGAUUAAUUUAUGAGGAAAUGGACAAAGCUAAAGAGAAAAUUCAAGCUAACUUCAAUGGUGUUCAAAGAAAAUACAAGCCUUUAUGA